AAGGCUGCCAACGAUUGAGUGCGCUCAACGGCUUCAGCAUUCCUCUCAGCUUAAGCCCCAUUUUCAUGGAACAGGUGGGCUUGCGCUAUUUCGCAGUACUCAAGUUCACAUGCCCGCUGACCGUGCUGUGCCCCCUGCCCGAGCCAUACUCCUACAUGCCCUGCCAUGGAGCGGCGGUCGUGGAGAUGAUCAAUACUGCGCAGAGUGCCCCGGUUGCAUUACGAACUUACAGCAGCUGCAAGCCACGUACGGCAUACUAUAUCAGCGAGGUCGAUCACCAAGCUCUUGGCCGGCGAGACUGCCCCGACAGCUCCACGCAUACCCUCAAGACUUGAGGUUGCUUGACCGCAUAGCCCUUUCCUCUCAUCGUACCGUGAAUGCUCCUGGUCGUUCACCGAGAGAGCCGGCUGGAGUCCUCCUUAUCAGGCAGCCUUCGGCUGUCCCUCUCGGACAGCCAUUGGAAGCACAGCGGGUGAAUGUCUGCACAAGAAGCAUGUAUUCUAUGAGCGUAAAGUCCCCGCUGCACUCGGUGGCGGUAUUUCACGGCUUCACGCGAUAUAUCCGGAACUCCGGACCUGGUCCAGGUAGACCGCUGCAUCAAUGCCGUUUUUACAUGCUUGUCUUCGACCGCGAGGUGUUUGAAUUCCUACACGCUGCUCAGUGCUCACUGAACUCUCUAUGCGACACAUAACGUCUCUCAGGAUGCGACGGCAUAAACACUAGGCGGCAUGAAGAUGCCCCGGGCGGGCCGAGCAUUAUCCGUCGUAUCCGAUCCUGGCGAUUACCGGCCAUCAUCCAGACACCCGGCCAUCGUUGGACAUAUGACCAUGGCAUGCCUUAUGAUGCCAUGUCUCCCUCCCAUUUCCUCUCUCUCAAUCUCCCUCUCAUAGUUUUCCUCUGAUCCUCAAGCAUGCCCGCCGCGCCGACAUUCUACGA